CGUCGGAGCCAGAGGCGGAGGGGGCGCCGGGGGGAGCCGGGCACCGCCCUGCUGGCCCCGCUCGUGCUGGGCCUGGGCCUGGCGCUGGCCUGCCUUGGCCUCCUGCUGGCCGUGGUCAGCCUGGGGAGCCGGGCAUCGCUGUCUGCCCAGGAGCCUUCCCAGGGGGAGCUGGUGGCAGAGGAGGACCAGGACCCGCCGGAACUGAAUCCCCAGACAGAGGAAAGUCAGGAUCCCAUGCCUUUCCUGAACCGACUAGUUCGGCCUCGCAGAAGUGCACCUAAAGGCCGGAAAACACGGGCUCGCAGAGUGAUUGCAGCCCACUAUGAAGUUCACCAACGACCUGGACAGGAUGGAGCACAGGCGGGUGUGGACGGGACGGUGAGUGGCUGGGAGGAAGCCAAAAUCAACAGCUCCAACCCUCUGCGCUAUGACCGCCAAAUCGGGGAAUUUAUAGUCACCCGGGCUGGGCUCUACUACCUGUACUGUCAGGUGCACUUCGAUGAGGGGAAGGCUGUCUACCUGAAGCUGGACUUGCUGGUGGAUGACAUGCUGGCCCUGCGCUGCCUAGAGGAGUUCUCAGCCACAGCAGCCAGUUCCCUGGGGCCCCAGCUUCGCCUCUGCCAGGUGUCUGGGCUGUUGCCCUUGCGGCCAGGGUCCUCCCUGCGGAUUCGCACCCUCCCCUGGGCCCAUCUCAAGGCUGCCCCCUUCCUCACCUACUUUGGACUCUUUCAAGUUCACUGAGGGAUCCUGGUCUCCCGGCGGUUCUCCCAGGCUGCCGGCUCCCCAGUCCCCUCUGCCCCACCCUCAGCUGCUCCUCGCUCCAGACUUGCUGCUCCCUCUGUAGGCUGCCAGGGCUUGUUCACGUGUUUUCCAUCCCACAUAAAUACAGUAUUCCUAUUCUUCUUUUUCAACACCCCCCACCUCCCACUCUCCACUCUGAUCUAUUGAGGCCAUUUAUCCCUACUCCCCCUGGCCACAGCCCUCUAGGAUGCUGUGUUCACUGUACUCUGUGGGCAAGGAUGAUUCCAGAAGAUCCCGCUUCAGGCACUAAGAGGGGCUGGACCUGGCGAUUGGAAGCCAAAGAGACUGGGCUUAGGCCAAGAGUUCCCAAAUGUGAGGGGUGAGAGACUAAGACAAGCUCCUCCCUUGAGAAUUCCCUGUGGAUUUUUAAAACAGAUAUUAUUUUUAUUAUUAUUGUGACAAAAUGUUGAUAAGUGGAUAUUAAAGAGAGUAAGUCAUG